GUGUGUUUGAAUAUCUGUAUGUGGAACUAACCGCAAAAGCAAUCUGUAGGCCUCCUAAGUUCGGGGACUAAUGAUAAUUGUAUUAAUAUUUGGCUGGGAUAUCUAUCUUCAUUUUUUAUCUAGCCGUUGUGGCGACACGAAUAUUCCAGACAGAGGGAGAUCAUUCUUUUAGAGAUGUUUCUACCAUCAUGAUGAGAGUGAAGAUACGUGUGAAGUGAUCUUUGGCAACCUUCCCUUUUACAUCGGUGUAAAGAUAUGAACAGUCAGAGAAAUGACCCUGUAGAGGAAAAUGUGACUUGAGAUAUUUCAGCAAAGUCAGUGCAAAGGAAUAGAGCUGACUCAGUGACAAUUGAACUGAGCUGGCAUUACAUAAUGUAGUGUUAGACAUUCACUGUGUGUUUUGCAGUGAUCUUGGGGGAAAUAUUCAAGCAACAUAUUUUCAGCUUAUAUAAAGCAUUUAAGCACUUAUCAGCAGUAAUAAGAUGAUAACCACCAAACAGUAAAGGCAGACAACAGAGACAGACUAGAUGCAGAUGUCAGGCAGUGAUAUGCCAGGAAAAUGAAUUCCAGAUUCAAGAAAUCAGUGAACAUAGUUACUGAGAGAGAAGAAGAAAAGGAAAGUUCGAAAAUACAAAUUAAACGUAGACCAAAAUCAUUGAAUAAACAUAAAACAUUAUCAAACAUAGAGAAUGCCACAGAAAGUUCAAGUUAUCUACAAAAUAAUUACUGUUCAAAGUUUACAGUCUUUCCUACAGCGGAUACAUAUGGCCUACCACUUGAAGGGAAAUUAAUAGUUUCCUCAGGGACUUUCAAAAAGAAGGAGAACAUCCGUUGUGAAGUUACGUCUCCCAACAACAGAUGGUGCACAAUUCCACCACUGAGCUAUGAUGAAACCUUAUUAAGUGAGAUUUACAUGCUAACUUCCUCAUGCACCUACAGCCUAAGGAAACUGGUCAAGAUUCUAGUCCCUUUCAGCAUUGUUGACGAUAAUUAUUUUGUUUUAAAAGCCAAUGUUCGUUGGGGCAAGGAAAAUGAUUGGACUGAGACUGAAUUCAUCACUAAGUGUGAAAGUGGGAUUAACUAUGCUGAGAUAAAUCUGAGCAAGUUGGGAUCUUUUGCAGUGAGCUGUAUUCCCAGAACAGAACAAUUUCAGUUGACCUCCAGUGGUUGUCUUUAUUAUUCACGUCUUUCCCGUUAUAUCAGUGUACGCUGUCCUAGGACGAGUAUUGAUGGAACAUUAAACUGUACAUUACAGAUGACACCCUUAACAGAAGAAAUACUCACUUACUGCCAACAGAAUUAUUCAAUACGAUGUGAAGACAUAUUGGAAUGUUCGGAAAUCAUAGGCAUAUCAUGUGACCAAAAGCAUUUUUUCCGGCGGCCUGUUACUCUUAAGUUGCCCUUGCCAAAUGCUGAGGCUAGACCAAAUAACAGGCACCUGGAUGAUAUUGAAGUACUAAUGAAGAAAUCAAGAGACAGUGAAUGGAUUCUUAUGGAAAAUGAGUACAAGUUCACCAAAAACACUGUAUCUUUUGAAGUGCAAUAUUUAGCAAAGUAUUGCGUGGCUCAGGCAGCUCCUGGUCGAAAACGAAGGUUAAAAGAUGGCAUGCGUGUGAUAGAGGAGAAAAUUGAUAUAGUAAUCGGAACAAUGGCUUUGUUUGUUCGUUUUGAAGACAUGCAGUGGUGUGUUGUUGUUUCAUGUCAUUCUCUGAAGAAUUCAAAAAAAAUUGAGAACAAAUGGAAAGAAAAUAAUUUUGUUCAGAUUCAGUCAGACAAGACAAGCCAGUUCAAUACCUCUGGCAAACCAUUAACUUACUUCCGGUUUGAUGGACCUGAGCUGAAGAACAAUCAGACAUGGGUGAUAUCAGUCAGUGGCCAGAUGAAAGUUUCAGAAAAUGAUGAAGAUGACAUCCAACUGACCUACAAUCAAGGUCUCAUUGAGAAUAACAAAAUAUUUUUCAUACAACCACUUGGUAAGGAAGUAUACCAAUUGGCAGGACAGAUAAAAGUUAUACCCCAAGACAUAUAUGAUGAAGAACUGAGGGUUAGACUGACUGGAUCGUUUACUGUUGAGGUGUCAGCUAAUGUUGUUGAGGCUUACUUGAAGAAGGCAGCGGCUAUUGAAGAAAUGCAUCAAGAGAAGUUAAAGGAAGCUGAAACUACAAUUGUUGUUACAGUACCUGUCCAGCCUGUCACUACUGUGAAACGCAAAACUACACCCAAAAGCAGCCAUCUGUUCGAUCUUUUAUCACGUUCAGUACAGCCACCAAGAUUAGUUGAUCGGCCAGCUAAUGUCUUGUCAGGUCGCAGUUUAAUGAAUCUAGCUUGCGUUAUACCUGAUGCAAUAGCAUUGGCAACUCACUUAGGACUUUCAGAUAGCAGUAUAAGUGGAAUUGGUUUUGAUGCUCUAGCUGGUCGCCUAACUACAAGAGAUGUCAACUACAAGAUUCUGCUUUAUUGGAAAAGGAACCAUCCAGGGAAAGCUGAAGAGGCUGUGAACGAUUUAGCACAGGGAAUAAAUGAGCUUGGCUUCAAUGAUCUUGCCACAGUGAUUCUCAACCAGCAUGCUGAAAACAGAGGACUAACCCUGGAAUGUUUGACUCAUUUUAAUUAAUCACUCUUACAGUGAUGUUUACUUUCUUCCACUUAACAUCUUCAUCUACUUUUUGUUUCUCUCACUCAUUCUUUCUUUCAAUUCACCAUUUUUUUAUGAGACAUCUAUUUAUUUGUUCAUUUUCAGUUUUGAGAUACCCAAUAUAAUAAUUAACAGUGUUAAAGAUUUACAACUUAUAAAUCAGAGACAUGCAAUACACAAUGUAAUAAUGCUUGGUAAACUCUCAGAGCCAAAAACUUUGUUGUUUACACUUCUACCACUGCCGCAGCUUCUGCUUCAUCAUCAUUAUAAUCAUUGGCAGUGGCAGUGGCAUCUGUUACAAAUGAUAGUAGUGCCUACCAGAGAUGAGUGACGGCUAUUACAUGCAGGCAUCAUGUACCCAAAAUAACUGACAUUCAUCAUUGACUUGAAACUUCAGCCAUGUAUUCUACAGUUCAAAAACAUCAGCAAUAAAGAUACUUUUUAUAACAAUACCUAUACCUACAACAUAGUCUUAAAAACAUCUAUUAAAAUAAUAGAUGGAUACGGUUUUAAAGACACCUGUCAUAUAAUAUAUAUGAUGUAGUUUUAAAGCCAUCUGUUAUACAGUGUAAUACGGUAGGGUUUUAGAGACAUUAUAUGAUAUCUACUAUAUAGUUUGAAAAAUCUACCAUAUAGCAUCUACAAUAUAAUUUAAAGACAUCUGCUGUAUAAAUAUCUACUACAUUCUUUUAUACACAUCUUUUAUGCCAUUUUAUGUUACAUAAUAUCAAUUGUAUUGUAAUAAAACAUUUGCUAUGGAUUAACAAUA